GUUGCAGCCGUUGCACAACAACACACAUGAAAAUGUUUCGUUUUCUUAAACUAAAAUGUGGUAUACGCUUUUAAAUUCUAAACUGACUCGGUUGAAACAAGUUUCCGAAUUUUUAAAUAUUUACAUAAGUCUAUCCAUCUUCUAUUGUCUAGUGGCGUUAUAGUUGAAAGCAGUUUAGUACCAUUAUUAGAUAAACUUGAAACAACCAUUUUAUUUUAUUAACUCGAUAACACUCUAGGCUUGAAAGUUUGGUCAGAAAUUUAGCUUCUGUUGUUAAAGUAAAACACAUCGACUUUUCAUUCUGAUAUGGCUGGCGAGAAAGAAAAGGCAGCAAUCAAGAGUCUGCUGGAGGAUGAGACGGCCAUGAAAUGCAUCGUGGACAACAUCAUGACCGAGUUCGACAAGGACAAAAAUGGACAGCUGGACAAAGAAGAGACUAAAUUGCUUAUUAAACACUUCUUGUCUCAAAGCGAACUGUGUGACGAAGGUGACUUGCAAAUUCCGGAUGAGUUGUACAACAACAUUUUCCAGGCAUACGACAGUGACGGGUCGGGUGCGAUAGACAAGGACGAACUGGCCGGAUUCAUUAAACAACUCCUGGGCGAGCUACUCAGCGGGGAAGAGUCAGCGUGAUCGGAAAGUCAUCAAAAAAUCAAUCAUCACACCUGAAGAAAAAAAUAGUAAACUAUGACUAAUCAAUGUUGUUCGCAGCUGCACUACUGGAGUAUUUGUAAUGUUAUACGCAGACUUGUUUCUAGCAUGCUUAAAAUGUUUUAAUUUAUGUCACUUGUAUUUGGUUGUAGAUAAAGAGAGUAUGAUUCAUAAUUUGAAAAAAAUCAAUCUGUAAAAAUGU